AUGGCUCAAAAUCUUUGGUGUGCUCUGGGGGAGGUAUCGGCAGCCGCCAAGACCUGCCAAUGUCGGGCUUCGGUUGGUGCCGCGCUGGGAGUCGGCUCGACCUACCGGGGCGGGCCGGCAACAAUCAGCCCCCCUCCUUCUCUGGAACAGGCGCCAUCAUGUCCACUGACUGUCAAUGGCCACCCUGACCACUACCCUAACAUGUGUGCUUUUCUCCCCAACCACACCCUCUUUGGUGGACCCGUGCACACGGGGCUGGAGAUAUGUGGCCCGCUCAAGCUUGUUGCAAUUCGAGUGCAAGGAAAAGAAAGCCCGUUUGCAGGCCAGACAUAG